ACACGUAUGUAGCUAUAUAUCAACUAUCAGGCUACUGGGUCUCUGUUAACAGACUACACAAGCCCUGAGAUCAGCUGACACGCUCAUGUGACUGAGGCUCAAAAUGGAGUUGUCGGAAUCAGUAACGAAGGGGCUUCAAACCCUGGCCGAUCCAGUUCUGUUUGACCCGAAAUCUUUUACGAUAUUCACAGAGAUCGCAUUCGAUAGUCUGGUCGCAUCUGGAGUCGAAACAGUUCUGGGUCACCCAGAAUUGAAGCACAUCGAUCCUACUACCCUAAAGCACUGCCAUACUGCCGCAACGACCUUCAUUCUGGAAGGAGUUAAACAAAAUGCGGAUAAGUCAACAAUUAGCUCUUGCCUUGAAGAUGUCCGGUUCCCCAGUGAAAGAGUGGAGGUAUUUUAUACCACAUACCAGAAAAACAAAAGAAGUUUGGAAUCUUUGCUGUCGAGACGAACGGCGAUUCAUCAGAAAUCAAUUUUUGUUGCACCAUGGAACAACUUCAGGCUAUUCCAUCCCAUGACAAUGCAUCGUACUACAAGGAUCAAGAUUACAGAGCUCAAUCCCCAUUUGAUGUGUGUCUUAUGUGGUGGAUAUUUCAUAGAUGCAACCACAAUUAUUGAAUGCCUGCACUCAUUUUGCAAAAUGUGCAUUGUUCGCUACUUGGAAACCAGUAAAUACUGUCCAAUAUGUGAUGUUCAGGUCCAUAAAACAAAGCCACUUCUCAAUAUAAGAUCUGACAAAACUCUACAGGACAUUGUAUACAAGUUGGUCCCUGGUCUUUUCAAAAAUGAGAUGAAGCGUCGGAGAGAUUUUUAUGCUGAACACCCUUCAGUUGAUGCUGCAAAUGGAUCCAAUGAAGAUCGAGGGGAAGUUGCCGAUGAGGAUAAAAGAAUCAUCACAGAUGAUGAGAUUAUCAGUCUGUCAAUUGAGUUUUUUGAUCAAAGAACACAGCACCAAGGCGGCACAGAUGAGAGACAAAAAGAAGAGGUUAAUCAUAAAAGAUACUUGCAGUGCCCUGCUGCCAUGACUGUGAUGCAUUUGAGAAAAUUUCUGAGAAGCAAAAUGGAUAUACCGCCUACCUUUCAGGUUGAAGUUAUGUAUGAGGAUGAGCCUUUGAAGGAUUAUUACACGUUAAUGGACAUUGCCUACAUCUACACAUGGAGAAGAAACGGACCGCUGCCUCUAAAAUAUCGCGUGCGGCCCAGCUGUAAGAAGAUGAAGAUCAGCCACCCGCAAGAUGGCGUAAACAGUACAAUCCGCUCAGAAAGCGACUCCGCCAGCGAUAAGGCCAGCAGCCCCGCUGGAGUUCCGUCCACAUCUUCACCACUACCCAGUCCAAGUACACUGGUGCAGCCUUCACAAGCUCAUUUUGCCCAUAUGCCCAAUCCUGUUAACGGUUCCACGAUGACAAGUCCGAACCGACAGUUCAGUUUUGGCAACAAAGUGCGAAAGACAGCGCUUAACGGAUCUUCCACAUCGUCGGGAUGAUAAGGGACUACACGUUGAAGCCAACGCCAGAUAAAACCCAGCUAUUCCCAUGCCAACGUAGUGUCGUUUAGGUUCUUUUCUUUUAUCAUUAUUAUCACUAUAUUAAACAUGUAACCUUUAACGUACUGAACGUGACGCACUUCAUUCAAUGCAUUGCUGGAGUUUAUACGAUUGUGAAGACCAUAUAAGGAGUUGCAAAGGUUGUGGCCUUUUUUUUAGAAAAGCCACGAAAAAGUUUUGCAGACAUGACUGAAUUACAACUUUUAUAUACUUUUACUUUAGGCUGACAUUUCUGAAACAAAUGAGACGUUGUGUGUUGCUUGUAUUUUACGUGUGUACUAUACGUUCUUUGAAGCAUAAAAACAUGUACUUUUGAUUUUUAGUUCGCCUUUCUUGGGUAGUUGCUAAACAUUCCUGGUAUAGUCAGCUGGCUUUUAAGAAUGUAUCAAAGAAAAAAUGUAUAUGUACAAAUUUAAAGGACAAAAAACUGUAUUAGGCCCAGGUGUUCUGCGGGAGAAAGAAAAGAAGUGUUUCAGUUGUUUUGGGCGCAAAAAAAUAUUAUUUGAAGUUUUUGGAAAUUUGUAAUUUAGUUUUUGCAGUUAAGUGAAUUGCUUCAAUGUGCAAGUUUGCCAUGGUUAUUUUUACAGACGAAACGGUUGGUUUGAAGUUCAUUUUCUUGGUCGGUAUAGCACGCACAUACAGCUUUAAAAUUUUAGAGCUUUUCAGGCUAGGUCAUAUACACAUUCUCCAAAAAAAAAGACGAAAAUCGCCCCACUUUUCAUUCUGGACAACAUUUUGAUGUCGUCAGUGUUCAUUUGUCUUAUUGGUCGAUUGUAGACUUUUGACAGCUAUUGUAUUGUGACUGUUGCACAGUAUAAACAUCUAAAUAAAACAUUUUACACUUUC